GCGCGCGCGCGCACAGCGAUCGCGGGAAGCACAGUGUGUUCAGUCACGCUGCGCGCACAGACGCUCACAGACACGGGAAGAGUCUACGCCGCCUCCAGCGCCGUCAGCGGGCUGAUGGAGAGCGGAGCCCCGCCUGUCCACACCGGGGGCCGGUUGAUCGGAUGUCUUUCAGCAAAGCAGCGCCGUUAGAUGACUUCCGUUCAGGAUUAAUUGGCUGACUAAUGGCUCCCAAACAUGCGCUCCUCUCCAGCGGCGGCCGCGCGGUCGGAAGGACCUCGGAAGAAUCCACUCCGGCGUGGAUCCUGGACGGCGGGACGGUGGCCGUCUGUUCGCCGAGGAAGGUGAAGAGGACGCCUUCGCUGAACGGGACGUGGCCCCGGUGUUUGGUGGUGGUGGUGAUGAUGAUGACGAUGGUGAUGAUGGUGAUGAUGCAUUGCGCCUCCGCUGCUGACGCUGAAGGAGGUCAUCAUGAAUCGGUGCGACGGGCCGUCUCACCCUUCAACCUUUCAGCCACACUUGGGUCUGAAGGCGGAGUUGCGGUUAAAGACAAAGACUUUGCCCAUCCUGGGGUGAUGGACAGGACUGGUGUUGGUCCUGGAUCCAGAGCCAGAGUUUGGCCUGAGGGGAAAGUGUUUGCUGAAGCCAGAACAGCAGUUUGGACUGAAACCGAAGCAGGGGUCCGUACUGGAGCAGGUGGCAACAUCUUUGCUGAAACUGGCAUUUUGACUGGAACCAGUGCCUGGGCCGAAGUCGGGGCAGAUUGGCGGCCAGUGGACACGGAGCACGAAGAUCUGCCAAGCAUGCCCAGGGACUCGGCUGCCUGGCUGGGACAGCAGCGGGAACGCCAAGGAGAGCAGACUGCGUUCUCAUCCGUCCUCAGCAUGCUGGCAGAGACAGUGGAGCUCCAGGCACCAGUGGUUGGAAAACCAUUAGGACUGUUGUCCAAAGCUGCUUGGACCAAAACCUCCUCCGCGUCGUCAUCCAAGUCGAUGUCCUCUUUGUCAAAAGCGCCCUCGUUACCAGCCACCACCAAAGACAAUCAGACGAAGGCGUCGAGUAGCGUCAAGCCGGUUGUUGUCAGCACCAACACCUCCAGCACAAACACCAGCUCCAGUUCUGAAGAGUUGGUGAGGAGCCUGCCCGCCUGGGAUCUUCCCACUGUUCCCGAGUCACUUCUGUCCACAGUCGGUGACCAUGAUGUCACACUUCCUGCCAAUGUGACCAGCCCAUUCUCCACCAACCACUGGAACACCACCGUUUUCGUGCACACCAGAAACACCUCACGGCACACGCCCACCUCAGCGACCACCAUAAACACGUCUGUGAUGCCCACCACAGCCUCAACACACACUCUGCUCUUGUCCACCACGGUGAGAACACACACACCGCCAGGAUCUGUGACAACCUCACUGACCAAUGCUGCGAGCCCAGACACUGUGAGUAAAGACAGCCAUGACCUGACAACGGUAACCAUGACAACACCAUCCACAACCAGUCGUACUGUUGGUGUCAGUGAUAAGAUGGCACCGGUAGUGACCACAAGUGCUGUAAAAACUUCUCCAGACAUUGCUAUGACUACUGCAACCACACAGCAUACUACAAGCCAAGAACUGACCGCCAUGACCGCGACUCAACCGACGACCACCACAACCAGCACACCUGCUGCUACUGCCACUCCAACGGUUCCUUCAACUAACACUACCACCUCACCACCAACUACCACUACAACUACCACACCUGCAACUACUACUACCACUACUACUGCUGCUACUACGACAACAACAACAACAGAGGCGCCUGCAACUACUCUGUUCAUACCACUCACAACCAUGCUGCCGCCAACCACAACCACAGAACCACCAUCCAGUACCAGUGCUGAGGAAGGUCGUCUGCCCUGCAACGUCACCGAGAAGUACUGGGUCAGAACAGUUCUGUCCAUUGAGCUGCGUAAGAACCGUCUGGACCUGAUCCUGAGGCAGAACCUCUCUAAAGGACUGAGCCACGCUCUGCAGAGAGCCCUGAACGACACCAGCGUCUACGCACAGGUGGAGCACGACGACGGCAGUCCCCGCAACGUCACCUUGGGCUACUACGCGGCCAGCGGGAAAACGGUCUACGUUUCCUCCUUGGUGGUGGAGGCGCUGAAUGUUUACGGUUUCGACAAGCUGCUGUCGGACAUCAGGCAGCACACCCCACUGGUCAAAGCAGUGCUGGUUCCCGUGGCAACCUGGAUGCCCACUCCGAGUGUCCACCUGCAGGUCAAAACAGUGCUGAGGUUCGUCGGCCCGACGGACAACGUGUAUUCGUGCAGUUUCAUCCAGAUGUUGGAGCAGCGGCUGGAGAACGCCUUUGACGAGGCUCAGGACAAAGUGCUGGAGACCUACAACAGGCUGACUGUUGAGAUCCACAGUGUGUCCCAGGAACUGGGCUCUCCGUCAGUCACCCUGGUCUAUACGGUGAAGAACCAGGACACGACUCUUAAUGGGACCAUCUCCAGUGGUCUCCUCAACCAGCUUACCGCUGAGCUGGUGGGCUACUUCCUGUUUUACCCUCCGCUGAUCAUUGCUGAGCCUCUGGAAUAUCACAACCUCAACACAUCAGCAGCAACCAAGAACUACUGGGUGAUAACAGUGAUCCAGGAUGUGGACAGCACCUCCCUGGAGGAUAACUACCAGAACUUUGCCAGCUUGAUGGAACAGCGGCUGGCUGAGCUCUUCCUGGUGGCCGGGAGGCAGGGAUCCCGAACGGCACGAUCACGGCGCGCCAGCACCGUGGGCGGCUACACGGUCCAGAUGGUCAGCAUGCGUCGACUGCCCGGUCCCAAGAACCCAGCGGAGAUGACCUACUAUGCUCAGCUGAAUGGAGCACCCAUCACCGGAACCAGUGCUGCCAAGACCCUCAGCAGUCUGGACUCUCAGACCAUGGCUCUGACACUGGGCUACUUCGUCCAAGUUCAGGCUGAACCUGUGGUAAAGACACCGCCCAGCAACCUUUGGAUCAUGGCCGUUCUCACGCCUCUCUUCUUACUGAUGGUGGUGAUCGGCAUGGUGGGCUUCAUUCUGUGCAAGAGGAACAGAGUUAUCUUUAAAACGGGUGCCUUCAGGAACUUCAAAACCCGCUCUAAGACAUCAUAUCGAAGGGAGGGCAGUUACCACCACCAGCCUGUGCAGGGCUUCGACUACGCCAAAAAACACAUGGGCCGAGCCGGUGACGAAACUGUCUCUGUUACCAAGGAGACGCUGGUGCUGGGGCUCCCCGUGCGAGAUGCUCCACUUUCACUGUCACUGGACAAGAAGAUCCUCCAGGAUGGGACCGGGAGCAAGCGGCCUCCUUCUGCAGACAUCCACAAAGGAGGGAGGUUGCCAAGCGAGGAGGAAGGCUCGGUGUCGAGUAACGGAUCCGGGAAGCUGAACACGAGCAAAAGCUCCUCGGCCCGAAGGACAACGGCCAGCAGCGGCAGCAAGAACGGCAAAGAGGAGCUGCACAAGAGGAGCACCAACGAUCCAUAUGAUGACCAUUCAGGCUCUCUGCGUCUCAUCACCAUUAAACCCAUGAUGGCACAGCCCACUUACUCCUACCCCUCCUCCUCUUCCCACAGCCAGGACUCUGUGGUCCUCAAUGGAGACGCAAACCAUGUAGGCCUGAAGCAGAAGUCGGACAUCGAGCACUACAGGAACAAACUACGUCAGAAGGCCAGGAGGAAGGGUUAUGGAGAGUUCUCACUGUCCGAGACUGGUAGUCAUGGUUUCAGCCAUCGUGACACCAGGCUCGGUCGAUACGACAACGGGCUCAAGGAGCCGAUGACCGCUGAGGAGAAGAGGGCCUCGUUUGCAGGAUGUCAUAAGAGGUACUCGCACCCUCGUGAGCCGUCCUACUGGAGCCGGCAGUCUCUGAGCAGCCCCAGCCCCGUGGAGACGGAGAUGGACCUUUUGGUGAUGAGGGAGCGGUCCAGGAGGGGCAUCCGCAACAACGGCUACGAUGGUGAACCAGAACCUUUUGAGGAGACGAAUGUGGACCGUCUGAUGAGCUCUCUGGGCUACACCGCUGGAUCCACCAGUACCGGCAAAGGCAGCCUGGGGGUGAAGGCUCACCGCGGCUCCGACUCCUCCACACUCAGCUCACAGCCGUCCAUCGACGAAGUCCGCACGCAGAUGCACAUGUUGCUAGGCAACGCCUUCAGCCUGGCACCUCCGGACCACGACCCCCCCUCCCCUCCAACAAACAGACACCGCCAUCACCUGCACCACGCCCACAGCGCUUACAACCCGUCCCACACCAGCCGCUACAGCGACGGGGUGACCAGCGCCCCCGGAACCAUGAACCAUCCCUGUGGAGGCCGGCAGAGAAGCAUGACAGGCUAUGAGGACAUGCACCAGUGCAGCCUCCCAAAACCGGGCUUCAGGUUCACUCAGCUUCCUGACAUGGGCAUCGGAUCUCCACCACCUCUGAUCCCCUCAAGACCAGGACCACCUCCUGGGACCUCAAUACGAUGUUCCACGCCUGACGUUAGCCUGAAGCCGCGCAUAUCAGAAGCCUCAGAGCUGCAGGCUCUGCAGCACAACGGCGCCCCCUACCUGCCUGUGUCCAGGACUCCCUUCCCUGCUGUCACAGUUGACCAGUCGAUUAGCACCUACUCAGGAAACCCAAUAACAGCAGUCUAUGCUAUAUCAGCUAACCGCCCGGGUUACUCAGACUACUAUGUCAUGUCGCCGCCGUCAUCGUACCGUAGCCCAUCUUGGAUGUCCUACCCGCCUGAACCAGAAGACCUGCCGCGUCAGUGGAAUGACACACCGAAUUCCCGCCACCUUGAAACAAUCUGUUGAAGUCGGUCUGCUAGUGACGCCGAGCGGAAACGGCCGAUAAAGUCAGUGGGUCAUUUUACACCGGCACUGGCCUCCUUCUCACCAAAACCUCUCUGGAGUUUCACUUUGACUGGACAUCUGACAUUUCUGAUCCGCUGUAAUCUACAUAUCACCCGUGCCCGGGCCUCUCCUACUGGCUCUCAACAGUCCUGGUCUUCAUGUCUGACUCAAAGCCUUUCUCAUCCUCGAACCUCAGCUAAUACCCCUCUUUCCCAUAAGCCCUUUCACCUGGCUGAAGCUUUGCAAACGCUCAGCCAUAGGUCCCUGCUCCCUGAGCCCCUGACCUCGUUCACCCUUACCGUCUGCACCGUUUCUGUGUCGGGGGCCACGUGUGUGGCGACCCUAUCAGCACCACCUUACAGCGAGCGCACCUUCAUGCUGCUGAACUGAGCCGAGCUGAACUGCGUGCAGCUGGACUGUGUGUCCCUAUAUGGUUCAAACAUGACCGUUACACGCAAGAGCUCCAGUGUAGCGAAGGCCACCGAAAAAACUGCCCCAAAAAUCGUUGUACAGUAACUGCCAUUUGUCCAGCAGAGGGCAGCACACAGCACUGCGUUAUCACUGCAGUAAUGCGCCAGCAACGGCCAGUAGUUCAGUCCUCAUUUGAACUGGAUUUGCCUGGGGUCAUCCUGGACUUGUCCCUAAGGUCCACCAGAAAGCCAGGACAGACUUAAAACUGUGCUUUUUUAAAAAUUAAUUUAAAUUCUUAUCUAAAUCUUCUCCAGCUGGUAAAUAUGUGUAUUUUAAAAACAAAUGGGGGAAAAAACAAAUUUUUUGUCGCAAGCUGUCAACGUUUCCGUUUUUAGGUAUUUUUGUGUGCUUCGUCUUUAUUUUGUGCAUUGGUUAUGAUCAAUGGAUUACUGUACCAAAAAAAAAAGAGGAAAAAAAAAAAGCAUAAAGAGUGUUUUCGUUUCACUCGCUUUAUUUCAAGGCAAAAAAAAAGCAACGUGGAGAAAUCAGUGGCUUCGUUGUCUGUGGCUACUAUGACAUUUCUGUACUUUUUGAACGGAUUACUUUUUACCGUCAUCAGAUUAAGCAACAAAAGAGGAAUUCUGUUCUGUCAGCCAUCGAAUUUCAAAAUUUGAUCUGUAAACCGUUUAACACACCUGGAUGAAAAACUCUGAAAUAUUCAACUCGGAAGGCACUUCCACGGGUUAAGAUUUUCCAAAGAGAUCCCAGAUUCCACCAUGGAUAAAGUGUCCAUGUGAUUCCAGUUGUGUUUGGACGUGGCUCACGUGACCAGUAUUCUUACCUGGGGGGAGAAACAAACAGCAACAAAAAAACCUUUUACUUGAAAGAUGUCUACUGUAUUCUACUGUAUAUAAAAAAAAGACUUUUAGUUAUUUUGUUCUUUAUCAAGAAAUCAGUUGGAUGGACUUCUGGUGUCGUACUGUUCAGCAGACCUGCAUGGCUCGGAGGGGAACAACACAUAAGGUGAAAAUGUAUUUGUGUAUAUAGAGAUGAUCUAAGAAGAGAUUUUAUGUGUGCACUGUGUGAGGGAUGCUUUGCUCAGAUGUUAUUCUGAUGCCAUGUUUCUUCCUUUAUUAGUUUCAUCGUCUUUAUGAUGAAGGGUGGUUCGACUGUUUAUGAAUGAACACAUUAUCUGGAUCAUCUUGUCCUGUGAUCCUCGUAGUACUAACGCAGCACUUAUACUUCAGAUAUUCUAUGACAAAUGAGAGUUUUGAGUGACAGGCGGUCAGGAGGUGUUAACUUUACAUUUGAACAAAACUAAUAUAGCCAUAAUAGUAAAAAAAAAAAGUGCAAGUUUUUUUUUUAGUUCAGAGAAUUUCUAAAGUCUAGUUAUGGAAUUAUUUGGUGCAAUUAAAACUCUGUGCAUACUGUAUGUAAGGCUCAUUGCGUAGAAGGUACUAACGGGGAUUAUAGCCAUAUAUUAACCUUGCAAAGUGGAAAUAAAACAGCUGAGGUGUACAGUGUUAGCCUGACGGUCAGUAUUUUCUUAUAGAGCGUGUUUGGUAAACAGCACCAAAAUAAGAGUUUAUCAGAUGUAGAUUAAGUGUUUCACGGUUGAGAAUGAGAAAGAUGAACAGUGUAGGAAAAAGUAUAUUUGUACCUGCACUUUCAUGAAUAUCCCACAUUUUUGCAGAAAACAGCAGAAUCAAUGCAAAAAA